AUAAGUGAACAACGUAAACGCUAAAAUCGAAAAACAUGAAUCGAAAAAAUUUUAAAAUGAAACUCAAAACGAGAAAUGCAAUUAUUGUCGUUGUAUUUUUGAUAUUAAACUCUAAUGCAAAAGUAUUGAAUGCAAAUGCUAGUGCACAGAAUUUCACAUACAUUUAUCGGAAUUAUUUGAGAAAUAUGAUCAAUAUUGUAGAUCAUAAUGAGCAGCCAUGUGAAAACUUUUUCCAACAUGCUUGUGGUAAUUUUGAAAAUUUCCAAAAGGGCAUAAUAACAGGGAACGAAAGUGAAGAGCAGGAGGAUAUUUGGGAAAGUGAUCAAGUUAUUGAGCCGUUUCUUUAUAAUAAACAAGAUCAUUACACCUUCUUUGAAACACAUAAAGAAAACUUCAAUACUGUACCUGGUAUGUUAGUACGCAAUUUAUACGAUCUCUGUAAGAAAUCUCAAAAAAGUCCAAAUGAAAAACGUAAAAUGUGGUUACGAAUGAUAAACGAUAUACCCUUCUUAAAGCAUGAUCAUGAUCUUUUGCGGAAAUGGCCAUUUUUGGAAUACCAGUGGCAGAAGUAUCGGCAACAGUUGGAUUUGAAUUGGCCAGCUUUGGCUGCAGAAUUUAGUGCUCAUGGCAUGAAUACAUUUUUCAAAAUAUACUUUGCCGAAAAUGCUAUAUACGUUACACCAAAUGAUGAUCUUCAAUGUCUGGAUUUUAAUGAUUUUAAACAGAGUCUAGUGACCUUGCUGGGACGUCGUAAAGAUCAAAUAGCCGAUAUUAUAGGAGGAGAACUGUGGCUGUUGUGUCGCCAACUAAAAGGUGAAGUGACCAUUUCGGGGGAAAUAGAUGAUAUCGCAAAUCUCUUAGUAGACGAUACCAUGAGUGAAUUCUUUCAACGCUUAUUUCCACGUCUGAAUUUUACCGAGUUGGAAAUUGAAAAUGCACGUAAAAUUAUGAUAUCCACCGAUAAAUUAAGCGAGAUAAUGUCUCUACUGCGCUACACUAAUCCACGCGUAAUCUAUAAUUUUAUACUAUGGCAAGCUUAUCAGCAAAUCGCCAAUAUUGAAGACUGCUUUUCUUUAGCCGAGGAAUUUGACAGUCUUUUGCAAGUGGAAUACUGGAAUUGGUAUGCUUUUAACGCACAUUUUCGUCGGGAGGUAGCAUUGGCCUCGUAUCUCUUUCACACCACCAGAUUUCAAAAGCAUUAUCGGGAAACUAUUAUGAGCUCGUCGGUUGAGCGUCUUUUUCAACACCGCUCAGAACGCAAAGAUUUGAAUAUUGAAAGAUCCAUUAAAAAGUAUGUCAAACAAUAUUUAAAUAUGGAAACAUAUACAUUAACCUACAAAUCGGAGUUCUUUACAAAUGAAAAACCUACAUUCUAUUCAUAUCUUUUGGAAUUACGUAGACUCAAAUUGCGCUACGAAUUCUUAAAUCCCUAUAAGGACACCGAUGAUUUGCACUUUUUCCAAGAGUUUAUUAACUUUUCUAUUUUAUUAGUAUACCGACCUCGACUUCACUACUUCGCCUCGUAUGAUCGUGAAAUGUGGCAAAAUUCUAAAAUAUUAGAAAAUUCAGAUGGUUUUUAUUCAGCUAUCGAUUGUUUAAGUCAUCAAACCUCUUUAAAUAUGGAAGAUUUUGAUAUAUACCAAGAACUAAGUAUGGAUCAGGUUAACGAUAUCUUUAAUUUUUAUACUGCUUUUAUUCAGUCACUGGCAGAUUAUAAAUUCUGGUUGGAAAGUGAAAAUUUCGCUAUUGCCGAAGAUUUUAUAUUGGAAUAUUUUAAACUAGAUUCAAUGCGUGUUAUGUUCUAUGCUGUAGCUCAACUGUUUUGUGGUCGCAACGAUGCUAGCUAUAGUGCAUUAAUUAAUCGUAGUUAUAUGAAUAUGCCGGAGUUUCAAGAGGCAUUUAAAUGCAAGUCUAUUGAUGCAAUGAAUCCCAUAACAAAGUGUAUGAUAAAUCAAUGUUUGUGAAGUUGUGAUAAUCUAAUUUCAAUGGCAAUUUUAAAAUAUUUAUUUAUAAAAUAAUGUAUUUAUACGAAAUAGUGUGUAAGGAUUUUAAAAGUAAGAUAAAAAUGUAUUAAAGGACGUUAAUAAAUUAAAUACGAAACAAU